GAUACGACAUAGUACUUUACUGCCAUGUCGCUCGUGCGGUCAUGUCAGCGCACGCUGGCGAAACCCUCCCAGCUUAGGCUCGCUCUUAGUUCCCGUCAUCUUGCUACGGAGUCUAGCUCCAGUGUCGCAGCUGCACCUGAAGCCAGUCAGGCUGAAACGAAGGAGAUUGCGCCCCUUCCGACCAAGGAGGUAACUAGCGCGGAGGUGGUCAGCGGUGCACCUGAACAGUUGCGUCACCGUGUUGUCCGCAUCUACCAGCCUGCUCGUAGCACGAUGCAGAGUGGUUCUGCCAAGACCAACCGUUGGCGUCUUGACUGGGACAUUCUUCCAGGCGGAGGACGAUGGGAGAACCCUCUCAUGGGCUGGGCUAGCUCUGCGGAUUACAUGCAGGGCACCCGGAUGUCCUUCAGGUCGAAAGAGGAUGCUGUUCACUUUGCCGAGAAGCAAGGCUGGGACUAUUAUGUGCAACCCCCUACCGUUAAGAAGAUACCGCCGAAGAACUAUGCAGAGAACUUCGUCUACAAGCCCCACAAGCUUCGCAUCGCCCGAACGAAAUAGAGGAGAGCGUGUAUCAGGACGUAUUUGGCUGUGCUAUAGCGUGACCAGCAAUAUAUCAUACAGUUAUAGCUAUUCUCGGUGAGAGCCUGAAAGAACAAUUGUGAACCCG